AUGCAUGUUGGCGCCGACGGUGGUGAAGAUUCAAGGGAACCCAGGGAAGCACCAGAAGAUGCAAGAGAAGAGAACGGUGACAAGGGAUCUACGGCAGGGGAGGUAGAUGAAGAGUCGGCCGAUUCUUGCUCAGAAGUGAACGCAAACGAGGCAGAGGUUGACAAUGUGUCCGAGUGGUCUCCCGACCACUCUUCUGAAGAGUCGGACAGCUCCUCGACAAGCAGCUCGUCCGUCCCCAAGCAUACCUACACCCUCUACUGCAUGAUGUCCACCAUGCACAUGAAUACGCUCAGAUUGGCGGAGGACACAGGAGAGCGGGACGUGGUGAGGAUAUAUCAAGUGCAGAGGAAGUUCCUCGCUAGGAAGUCGACACAAGUUUUGAAGACUCCCGCAGAGCAUACAUGGCGUAAGUACAUCUUCCAAGAUGUACUCAGACGGAGGCUCCUCAAAUGGAAUGGCGGACGUCAUGACGGUGAUGAUGAUGAUGUUGAGAGAGAGUUGUAUGUUUCUUAG